AAGCGCGAGCUUGAGCGGGCCAUGCGAGCCGCAGACACCUAUCAGGAGUGGGAGGCUGCCGCCCUUUUGCUGGACGAGCAGGAGAAGCGUGAUCUUUGGCGGCUUGACCCGGUCUCCAGUCUGUUUGAUGCGGAUCGCAUUGCUGCCCGGCUGAUGCGGCUGCACGACGCCCGUCACUCGGACGACAUCAAUGAAGCUAUGGUCCAACUUCGAGAGAAUCUCUUCCGCAACAUCGGUGGACUGGGACAGGAGCAGCUCUACUCUUACUGUCAUGUCGGUACAAAGGUCAUCAUUCAGCAAUAUCUCCAGGAGCUCAGCGCCACCAUCGAGCACAUUGUCAUGGCUCCCACGGUGCCCCUCCAUGUCAAGGAACGCUUUCUUUCUGAUGCCCGCCAAGCUUACGGUCGUACCGCUAUCAUGCUCAGUGGUGGAGCAGCCAUGGGCAUGCUUCACUGGGGUGUACUGCGCUGUCUCUUUCAGAAUGGCCUCUUACCUCCGGUCAUCUGUGGCAAUUCUAUUGGCGCCCUCUACUCGGCCGUUCUCGGCAUUCACACAGACGACGAGCUCAACAGCCUUUUUGAUCGUCCAGACGCAAUUGACUUUUCUGCGUUUUUGAAAUUGGGCAAGGGUAGUGUGCGUCGCAAGGUCAUUCGUCUCCUCAAGCACGGUGUUCUCAUGGACAUUACCAAGCUGGAGGAGUUUUGUCGUGCCAAUCUGGGCGACUUGACGUUUGCCGAGGCAUACCAACGCACAGGCCGCAUCGUCAACAUCACGCUCACCCACACAACCCACCAGGGCUACCCACACCUGCUCAAUUACUUGACAACCCCCAACGUGGUUCUUUGGUCUGCAGCCUGCGCAGCUUGUGCGCAACCCGGCAUGUAUGCUCCCGUGGCUUUGAUGGCCAAGGAUAUCAAAGGCAAUAUCGUUCCUUUGCUUGAGGUGGACCCGGAGGCGAGUUGGGGUGUCAGUAGCACCAUUCACAACCCACUCCUGCCGAAGCAGCGUCUUUCAGAGCUCUUCAACGUCAAUCACUUCAUUGUCUCUCAGGUCAACCCCCAUGUGGUGCCUUUCCUGCGCUCCAUGCGGUCUUCAUCGCGAUUUGCCCUCCUACACAAGGCGGUCAUGGUAGCGGGUGGUGAGCUCAUGCAUCGUCUACGACAGCUGGCCUCCAUUGGCUACUGGCCAGGACUGCUCAAUUGGUUGAAAUCGGAGCUACUACAGACGCACGAGGGCGAUGUCACAAUUGUACCCUCGCUGUCAUGGGCCACCAUGUCCAACGCCCUGAGCAACCCGACUCCCGAGCUCGUCUCGUGGUUUGCACGUGAAGGUGAAAAGAGCACAUAUCCUUACAUUCCCAUCGUUGCAGCUCGUUGCCACGUGGAGGUGGCUUUGCAUGCAGGGCUGCGUCGCAUC